AUGGUACAUGAAGCAACCCCCUAUGCACCAAAGAACAUCCUCAUUACAGGUGCCGCAGGAUUUAUAGGCAGCCAUGUCACCAGCAGACUCAUCAAGAACUACCCAAACUACAACAUUGUAGCUCUUGACAAGCUAGACUAUUGCUCUAGCUUCAAGAACCUUCACGCAUGUAAAGCCUCACAUAAUUUCAAAUUCAUCAAGGGAGACAUUGCUUGUGCUGACCUUGUUAAUCACCUCUUGAUGGUCGAGGAGAUUGACACCAUUAUGCACUUUGCCGCACAGACUCAUGUCGACAAUUCAUUUGGGAACUCAUUUGAGUUCACAAACAACAAUGUCUAUGGCACCCAUGUGCUUCUUGAAGCUUGCAAGGUCACAAAGAGAAUCAAGAGGUUCAUCCAUGUUAGUACUGAUGAGGUUUAUGGUGAGACUGAUAUGGGUUCUGACAUUGGAAAUCCUGAGGCCUCUCAACUCCUCCCUACGAAUCCUUACUCUGCCACGAAAGCCGGGGCUGAAAUGUUAGUCAUGGCAUAUCACAGAUCCUAUGACUUGCCAACAAUAACAACUAGAGGUAACAAUGUCUAUGGGCCUCAUCAAUACCCCGAAAAGCUUAUCCCAAAAUUCAUACUACUUGCAAUGAAAGGCGAGAAGCUGCCGAUUCAUGGAAAUGGAUCAAAUGUUCGAAGCUAUUUGUAUUGUGACGAUGUUGCUGAAGCAUUUGAUGUGAUUCUUCAUAAGGGGGUAAUUGGACAUGUGUAUAACAUUGGUACCAAAAAGGAAAGGUCAGUCAUAGAUGUGGCAGAAGAUAUUUGCAAGAUGUUUGGUUUGGAUCCAAAGGAAGCUAUAGAUUUUGUUCAAGACAGGCCUUUUAAUGACCAAAGGUACUUCUUGGAUGAUCAAAAGCUAAAGAAUUUGGGUUGGGAGGUGAAGACUAAUUGGGAAAGGGGGCUGAAGCUGACAAUGGAUUGGUACACUAAGAACCCUAAUUGGUGGGGCAAUGUGGAUGCUGCACUGCGGCCGCACCCGAGUAUUUCUGUGAUCAAUCACUGUAACGAUGAGUCUUGGUUCUUCCAAUACGGCUACACCAGGAUGACUAGAUCAUGCAGUGACAUUAGUAACAGUGGCGAAUUGAAAUUCUUGAUAUAUGGAAGGACUGGUUGGAUAGGAGGGUUAUUGGGGAAGCUUUGUAAGGAUGGAGGGAUUGAAUAUGAGUAUGGGAAGGGCAAACUGGAAGAUAAGAAGUCUUUGCUAGAGGAUAUAACCAGAGCACAACCAACCCAUGUUUUCAAUGCAGCUGGACUUACUGGACGGCCUAAUGUUGAUUGGUGCGAGUCACACAAGACUGAAACAAUUAGGACUAAUGUAGCUGGGACACUAACUUUGGCUGAUGUUUGUAAGGAACAAAGUUUGUUAAUGAUGAAUUUCGCAACCGGCUGCAUAUUUGAGUAUGACAAGGAUCAUCGUCAAGGAUCAGGCAAAGGAUUCAAGGAGGAGGACAAGCCUAAUUUCAUUGGUUCAUUCUAUUCCAAGACCAAAGCCAUGGUUGAGGAGUUGUUAAGGGAAUAUGACAAUGUAUGCACUCUGAGAGUUAGAAUGCCGAUUUCAUCAGACCUCAGCAACCCAAGAAACUUCAUCACGAAGAUCUCGCGUUACAACAAAGUGGUGAACAUACCCAAUAGUAUGACCGUGCUAGAUGAGCUCUUGCCAAUUUCCAUUGAAAUGGCCAAGAGAAACUGCAGAGGGAUAUGGAACUUCACCAACCCAGGAGUCAUAAGCCACAAUGAGAUUCUAGAGAUGUAUAGGGAUUACAUUGACCCUAAGUUCAAGUGGCAAAAUUUUGACCUGGAAGAACAAGCCAAGGUGAUUGUAGCACCAAGGAGUAACAAUGAAUUGGAUGCUUCAAAGCUGAAAAGGGAGUUUCCUGAAUUGUUGUCCAUCAAAGAUUCUGUCAAAAAAUUUGUCUUCGAGGCUAACAAGAAGACUUGA